UGGACUAGUAAAACUUCCAUUUUACAAGAGGAAAUCACAACACUUGUCUUCAAAAGCUUGUCCUUGGAUAAGUAUUAAACCUGGAUGUUACAAUAUUGAAAUUAGAUCUAAGUGCUUUGGCAAUUUCCAUUCCUUACACUCUGUUGAUCAUAUUGAUUUAAGCAUUAAUGAGCUUUGUCACUUCAAACUAUUAAGAGUAGUAGACAUGAAACUUGGAUUCUGGAACUUUGAAGAUAAGAUGCUAUAUAUGGCAAAUCUUGUUCACUUGAGAUACUUAGCUUUGUCCCUAAGUGAAAAAGUAGGCCCUCUUAAACUAAAGCUCUUUGAGCAUUGGAAUAUGCAAAGUUUUCUUGUCCGUGGAUGUAGUGUUAUAUUGGAUUCCUCUAAUGCAUCAGCAAUUUGGAAAAUGCCACUGUUAAGGAAUUUUUAUGUUGACGGAAUUCACUUUACAUUUGAGGCUUCUGAGGUUGUUCAUAAAAACAUAGAGACUAUAUCUUGGUUACGUCCAAAGUGUUGUACGGAGGAUCUUUUUACAAGGAUUCCAAAUUUAAAAAAAUUGGGAAUUCAAGGUCAAAAGCUUUUUGAAUAUGAAAAUUCAUAUGGUUUCUAUAAUUUUGUGCAUUUGAGGCAGCUUGAGAAACUAAGCAUCAAAAAAUGGGCUCUCAAACUUCAGUAUAGCGGCAUCCCAUGGACAACUAGUUUUCUACCAAAUCUUAAGAAACUCAAAUUUUUCGAGACUGGGUUGCAAUGGAGUGAAAUAAGGCUUAUUGGUAUGUUGCCUAAUCUAAAAGUUCUAAAAUUGAUACAUGCUUGUGAAGGCAAAGAGUGGGAGCCAUGUGAGGGAGGGUUUCGUCAAUUGAAAAAGUUGGUAAUUGAAAGCUGGACUUGGGAAGAUUGGAAUGCUGUGGGUGAUCAUUUCCCUGUGCUUAAACAUUUAGAGUUAAGUUGCAGUUCGUUGCGAGAGAUCCCUAUUGCGUUUGCCGAUAUUACCACACUUGAAUUGAUUCAAUUAGAAUACAGCUGGGAUUCCGUUUUGGCUUCUGCGAAACUUAUUGAAGAUGAGCAGCGAAGCUAUGGAAAUGAAGCCCUCCUUGUUCGUUCUAAAUAUAUUCGGACAACUACAAAGAUUGGGAGGCAAUGAAAAGUUAAGAGGCACAAAGCUAAGCAGAGAUGAUGAUGAAGGAAUAAGGAUGUUGUGUACGUGUUGUUCUUGAGUGAUGAUGGUUAUGAUGUUGGGGUAGCAUAGCAUGAGCUGUAAUAUAUGAAUGGAAAAUUUUAUAUGUACUCCCAUUUUCUACUCUAAAUUUUUAUUUUCAUACACAAAAUCUUGAU